AUGCACAAAUAUCUUGUGGUGACGGGAAAAACGAUAUCGAAAGUGUUAUCACCCAAUGACAACAACGUUGAUGGAAGUCCCAAAAACUUCAUUAAAACCAAUGACGUUCAGAGACAGAAGGGACAUAUUUCAGAAGAAUCCAAACCCGCCAAGACGAGGAGUUUUCGGUCGACGUCCAAGAAAUACAUUGGAAUGAAGUGUCAGUUUGAAAGAGAAAUCUUCCAAACAUACAAAAAAUUCCAACGGCCGAUUUGGCUGAUGUUUUUACUAAUUGUAAUUAGUAAAGUAAUUGAGACCAAAUUGAAAAAUUAUUAUAAGAGGAAGGCCAAGAUCGAAGGACUAAUUACGCAAACUAUGGAGAAACUAAAAGCUCAAAAGCUCAAAUCAAUGUCCAGUUCAGAGGAGAAUGCAUAUUUGAGCGUAGUCCAAUUACGUGACAUCUUCCUUUCGGAUAUCGUGGAUUUAAAAUACAAAAACCAACUAUGGUCUCAAGUAGUAAAGUUUUUAGAGCACAACAAUAGUAAUAUCAAAUCCAAUUUGACCGAAAUACGCGGCGACAUUAUGAAAUGCUGGGAAUGGAUAGGGCCGUUGGAGCCCAAUAGUCCAAAUGAUCCACUGGAAAACAAAUCAUUACCCAAGGAUGAAACGGAAUCAUAG